AUGUACACUACAAAUGAAAAAUUAAAACUUCAAUCGUUAACUCUCUGUAAAAGAAUUAAAGGCGAAACAUAUAUGGCUUCAAGUUCAGCUAAACCAAAUCAUUCCAUUCCGAUCUCUUCCAUACCACCCAGGAUGGAUACAUACAUGAGAACUGCCUAUAAUAUUACAGGAGAUAACGAAAAGUAUGAACUUCUAAUGAAUGUUAUUCCUUCUUCAAUAUUAUUUGACAUUCAUGUGAAUUUUCAACUUGAUUCAAUAUACGUGGUAAUAUCCAAGCGUAUUCCUGAAGAAGAUCUGUGGUAUAAGGCUGCAUUCACUUAUCAGCGAGAGGCCUGGGAGCAGCCCUUUGCAGAAUUGUUGAAAAAAGUCAGAGAUGUGUAUAACAAAUCAGAGAAUAAUCGAGCCCUAUCGAAUUCCCAAUUUCGACAAGACAAGUAUUCUACUGCCACAAUUCGCUUUGUUAACAAAACAGACAGUCCUUUUUUGGAUGCUCAUAAUAUAUGUAUGGACAAAUCGUUCAUUUGGAAAGUAUAUCUUGAGUCAGGGUCAAUAGACAUUCACUAUCCAGACAAACAAAAAUCUGUCAACAAAGAGUUUCCUAGAAAAGGAAAUUGGAUCGAAGACGGUCACUAUUACGUUAUUCAGCCUUUUAAAACACGUCAUAUAGGUCAUUUCGCAGAAUCCAUAAAUCACCUUUUGCUCAAGCUCCGAUAUCCUUCUUUCUAUCCUCCUAUCACUGAUAUAUAUCUUCCCAUGUUUUCUGAAAAAGAAUUUGAAUGGUCAAAAAUAUAUCUGCAGUUGGUAUUGAGCUUAUUUCCACAGAAUCUCAGACCUUCUGUUCAUUUAGCGAACAAUCGCGUUCGAUUCCACAUGGAUGGAGCCUUGUUUGCUGGCUAUUUCCCUCAUGAUUUUGUGAGAGCAACUGCGUGGCGGUUCGCUAAUGUUAAAUCAAGACACAACGAACCACGUCAGAUCUCUUUACUGUUAGUGGAUCGCAAGAAAAAGCGAGGUUUUACAAGGCGUAAAGCGUGGGUUGGCAUUAUUCGUUCGCAUUUUAAAGAACUUGCAGUUUCUUAUACACUAAUGGAUGGAUUAUCGUUUAAGGACCAAUUGCAACUCUUCUAUGAAGCGGAUAUUGUGGUUUCUCCGCAUAGCGCCAGCUUUAUUAAUCUCAUUUUUUCGGUUCCUCAUACAGCGGUAGUUGAGUGUUAUCCACCUUACUUCUAUGAACCGUGGUACUCAAACACUGUGAUGAUUUCCCGUUUGCAUUACAUCAUGGUUUCCAGCUUUGAAGAAAAAAACAAGGCGAAGAGAGUUUGGAAGGGGGUAGAGAGGGCCUAUGAGAAUGGGAUGUUCUUUUUGAUUCGAAGACAUUAUUCUGAUAAUAAAGUGAAUCCUCCUCGAUUCAAAAUGCUUUCUGCGAUACGGGAUGCGAUGGAGUAUUCGAAGCGGUGGAGAUUUGUUUAUGAAGUGAAUGACAAGUGGUCUCCAAUAUUUAUUUAA